AUGCAGCACUACGGGGUGAACGGCUACUCUCUGCACGCCAUGAACUCCCUCAGCGCCAUGUACAACCUGCACCAGCAGGCCGCGCAACAGGCGCAGCACGCGCCCGACUACCGGCCGUCCGUGCACGCGCUUACACUGGCCGAGAGACUAGCCGGCUGCGCAUUUCAAGACAUCAUCCUGGAGGCUCGCUACGGCUCUCAGCACCGCAAGCAGCGCCGGAGCCGCACGGCCUUCACAGCCCAGCAGCUGGAAGCGCUGGAGAAGACUUUCCAGAAGACGCACUACCCGGAUGUGGUGAUGAGGGAGCGGCUGGCCAUGUGCACCAAUCUGCCCGAGGCCCGAGUGCAGGUUUGGUUCAAGAACCGCAGAGCCAAGUUCCGCAAGAAGCAACGCAGCCUCCAGAAGGAGCAGCUCCAAAAGCAGAAGGAGGCAUCAGGCGAAGGAGGAAGCGAGAAGGAGGACGCACCUCCCUCCACCACCAUCCUUCCUGACACCCAGCUGCCUCCUUCAUCAUCCUCCUCUUCUUCAUCUUCUCUGGAGACAGAAGGACCUGUGGUCCACCCCGUACCACUGGACAUGGAGCUGAACGUCACGUCAGCAGAACAUUCAGGCAGCGAGUCGGCAACGGAGGAUAAUGCCACAGAUAAGGAGGAUGAGAGUAAAUCUCAAAGAGAGGAGAUAAAGUGUGAGAGACCAGUGACACCUGGGGACAUUUCCCCCUGCAAAAGACUCAGCCCUAAACCAGACUCUCCCCUGGUCUCUCCAUCUGUGACCCCCUCCUCCUCCAGCAGUGGCCUGGCCAGCAGCGGUCCUCUCUCUCAGAGCCACUCUUACUCUUCCUCCCCUCUCAGCCUAUUUCGUCUGCAGGAGCAGUUCCGCCAGCACAUGGCUGCCACCAACAACCUGGUGCACUACCCUGCUUUUGACCUUGCCGCCCCGUCUUCACUCCCCUACCUAGGAAUGAAUGUUAACAUGCCCCCUGCACCGCUGGGUUCUCUGCCCUGUCAGUCCUACUACCAGUCCCUGUCCCAUCAUGCCCAGCAGGUGUGGAACAGCCCGCUGCUUCAGGCGUCGGCUGCAGGCGGCCUCACCAGCCACAACAGCAAGACCACCAGCAUCGAAAACCUGCGUCUGAGGGCCAAACAGCACGCUGCCUCACUGGGACUGGACACAAUGUCUAACUAA